CGUUCAUUUCAUGACAGGCAGACAGGCAGACAGCACCAACACCACAAUUGCUUAUAUAUUGGGCAGCCAGCAUCAGCGGCAGGCUCCACGAUCCACAUCCCAUACCAUGCUGCAUGUGGUGGCUGAGUGGGUAAAAGAGUGAGUGACUGAGUGAGUGAGUGAAAGGCACACGAGUGAGUGAGCAAAUUGGCAUUCAUUCACACACACGGGUCAGUCAGUCAAUGAAUUAGUCUGUCAUCUCACAAUCACACCACACCACACCAGUCAGUCCCCAACCAACACGCGGUAUUGUUCUUAUUAUCACAUGUGUGUAUGUGCGAUAGAUAAAACACCACUACUAUCCACAGACACAUAUAGUAACCCAGGCAGGGAGGGAGGGAGAGAAGAAGGAGAGAGAGCGCGCUUUGCGACGCGACGUCGACAUGACGGAGUGAGUGAGUAAACACACACGACGGGACGGACACACACACUCAGACAGACACAGACACAGACACACACAGCACGCCACGCAAUGCAAUUCACUUAGACUCUGUCUGUCUGUGCGCCUGUCUCUCUGUGUGUACGUCAAGACGCACAAAACAGUUUACAGACAGACACAGACAUUCAUUAACUAGGCAGCCAUCCAUCCAUCCAUCCAGAGGCCACUCACUGUACUGGGUCCCUCUCCCCCCAGGUGCCGAUCACCGACGGGAGAGGCGCCCUCUCGCCCUCACCCACACACGACUCCCCGCCCACACACACACCACCAGCCCCGGCUGCCCGCACCUCUCCCAGGCUGCUGUGCGUCUCGUCGCUGCUGGACAUUGAGGCGUACAGCUUGGCCGUGUCGCUCGGGGACUCGGAGGGGUGGUCACCCUGGCUGCCCGUCGUUCUGGCCUGGUGGUCCAGUUCUAGCCGAUCUGCCGCCAGCUUCGCCUGGGGGCACACACAUAUGAAUGAAUGAGAUGCAGACAGUCACGAUGGAUGGAUGGAUGGAUGGUCACUCACCUGUUCGUCCCAGUCGAUGCGUGAGAGCAGCCGCGCCAGGCUGAGUACGUUGAUAAGGCAGGCCAGCACGAGCCCAGACAGCAGCCCUGUCAGCUUCAUCCCGGCCCACCCGAACCACAUGACCAAACCAAAGGGAAUGCCGAUGGGAUAAUACGCCACGAGAUUGACAAUUGCCGCCACCCUCUGCUGACCCACCCCACUCAUGGCGCCCCUCAGGGCGUGGUAGAUGGUGUCCAGCGCAAAGGCCGCACCCAGCACUCACCGGAGUCCCUACACACCUCCUUCCCUCGACUCGACUCACCUUUCCUUGGUGUCAGGCGACGCCCUUCUCCUCUCACCCACCUUCUCCAUCUUGCUCUCGCCGUCGAGCAUUGCAGCCAGCAUGCAGACUGGGGGCGGCACUCAGCUGGUGAGAGAAAGACGCCUACAGGAAAAAGAUGCAGGGCAGAAGCUGGGGGCGUGUGUGCAAGAUAAUGUGACUAUGGGCUCUGAGGGCUUACCAAGCAGAGGGAAUGGCGUUGUGUGUGUGGGUCAUGAGAAGAAUCCCAAGUUGCUCAAAAGGUAUCCCACCUCGGGAAUGACGAAGUAAAGACCAUAUAGGCCGGUCUUCAUCGCAAUCGCAUCUCCACACCAGCAUACAAAAAGUCUGCUACAGGCCCUUGACGUCCUUGCCGAUUCCUUGAGGUCCUUCAUCCUUUUCCUGAGCCGACAAGCGCACAGACAGAGAGAGAUCUCAUGUGGGAAGCCUUCUGGCUGCUUCUCGCUUCGUGUGUGGCCUCUCUGUGUGUGCGCCUCUCUGCUGC